AUGGCCAUAUCUACGAAGCAGCUGUUUGUUAGACUCACGCUUCUUCUGGCAUGGAUCGGGAGCGCCCAGGCAGAAUUCAACAUCAUCGAAGAACUGGCCAAGCUGCCGUCAUGUGGGCUCAACUGUUUCGUGGACGUCAUCAAAACGUCGUCAUCAUGCGGCUACAACGCGACAUGCAUCUGCAGCGACAACAACUUCUACACCACCGCCCAGGCCUGCAUCGUUAACAAAUGUAACUCGACCGACGCACUCGAGGUCGCUAAGAUCGAAGCCAGAGCAUGCGACCGACCGUACCGUAAUCGUCGAUACCAGAUGCUCCUCCCGCUCAUUGCCGAGGGACCAGCCUGGGUCUCGCCAUGGAUCCGUUUAUAUUCUAGAUGGCUCACAAUCGGCCAGUGGGAGACUGAUGACUACAUCAUGCUUGUUGUUGGGGCAAUUUACACGGCGUAUCUUGCUUGUGCCAAGUACACUGGCCAGUUGGCAUUCGGAAUCGACAUGUGGAACCAAAACUACGAUCAGAUUAUAACCGCUCUCAAGUUUUUCUAUGUUUCCGAAAUAUUAUACCUCGUCGCACUUGGGCUGUGCAAAGUAUCUAUCGUUGUGUUUUACCUUCGAAUAUUCAACGACAAAACAUUCAGGAUCGCCUCAUAUGCCACCUUGGGCGUGGUCGUAUUCCCAUCCAUCGUCAUGGUUUUCGUCCAGAUCUUUCAGUGCAGACCUCUGGAAUUGGUCUGGCUCGGCUGGCGCCUCCAGUUCUACAGAGAUCAAUGUAUGGACAUCCACACUCUUGUCUAUAUCGCUGCCGGCCUCAGCAUCUUCCAGGACGUCGUCAUCAUCGCGCUACCCCUACCGUCCAUAUUCAAACUAAAGGUGGACACCCGGGCGAAAUGGGGCAUCUUCGUCAUGUUCAAUCUGGGCGUUUUAGUUGUCAUCACAUCCAGCAUCCGUCUACGAUUUUUGACCAUGUUUGGAAGAUCGGCGAACCCGACGUGGGAUUACACGGAUGUUCUUAAUUGGACUGGAAUCGAGUUGGCCAUCGCCAUUAUUGUUUGCUGUCUACCCGCAGUGGCAGUCCUUGUCAAACGACUGAUCCCCGGAUUCUUGACUUUCCAUUCCUCCCGCAUGUCGCCACUCCAGAGUCGUUACUUGAGAUCCCACACCAAAGAUCAUACAGAAAGUCAAGAAGAACUGGGGAUAGAGUUGGGCGGCAGAAUGCAUCCAGCGGUAGGAGUUGAAACUCAUGUGACCAAAGACAGGACUAGCCGAGAUAGCGAUUCUGCUAGGACUAAGGCGAUUGGGAACUUGAUGGGCAUUACCGUAACGAGGACGGUAACAACGACAACAAGAUCAUUCGAUGAGAUUCGUUGA